AUGCAGGUCUCCACUGCUGCCCUUGCCGUCCUCCUCUGCACCGUGGCUCUCUGCAACCGGAUCUCAGCAACAUUUGCUGCUGACACCCCGACCUCCUGCUGCUUCAGCUACAUCUCCCGGCAGAUUCCACAGAAUUUCAUAGCUGACUACUUUGAGACCAACAGCCAGUGCUCCAAGCCCGGUGUCAUCUUCCUAACCAAGAGAGGCCGGCAGGUCUGUGCUGACCCCAGUAAGGAGUGGGUCCAGAAAUACGUCAGCGACCUGGAGCUGAGUGCCUGA